GAGACCAGAAAUAUUUUCAUGCUCACAUAGAACACUAUGAGUCAUUAUUAAAGAAAUUACCUCUGGCCUAGUUAGUUAGUCAGCUUCAGAUGAGAAUGGCCAGGAUGUUACAGCAGAUGGGCGGAGAGCUGAAGAUAUUUCCAUUUGAGUCGUGGAACUCACAAAGACAGAAUCCGUCCGGCAGAGCAACAUGUCACACACUGGAUAUUUUAUAUGGAUUUGCUUUUCUUUAUGGGGUCUAACUCUGGGUGAUGUGAAGAAUCUUCCUCAUGUACUAAAAUACCAAAAAGUGAUUCCAGUGAAACUGAUGGAUUCUCGUUUGGAUGAUGCUGCUACAUACAAGGAACACCCAGACGUGGUCCGAUACUCAGUGGCGAUUGCUGGGGAAAGCUACACUCUCCACCUGGAAAGGAACAAGGAUCUUGUUGGAAAUAACUUCACUGUGACUUAUUAUUCUGAUCAAGGCCACCAAGUGUCAUCUACUCCAGACUUAAAGGGUCACUGCUACUACCACGGACAUGUGGUGGGAGUGGAGGACUCUUCUGCCAGCAUCCAACUCUGCUCAGGAAUCAACGGGGUCGUGACCCUCCAAGACCAGAUGUACCUGAUUGAACCUCUUGCUGGUGAGGAGCAGGAGGAGCAGCAGGAUGACAGAGACAGCUCCGAAGCUCCAGCUGAUCUCCGCCUUCAUGCUGUUUACAACUACAAACACCUGAGGAGGAAGAGGAGCUCCUGUUCCCAUGGAAACACAACCACUUUCUACGACCACGGAGCUCGUCCGUCUGGACUCUUCCAGCUCGGCAGUCUGAAAAGCAGAGCCCAGACCGGCGAUGUUAAAGCAAAACCCCGAACGGUGGAGCUGGUGGUGGUGGUGGACAACACCGAGUUUAAGAAGUUCGGCAGCAGGAAGACGGUGGAGGCCAGGGUGCUUGAAAUAACAAACCAUGUGGACAAGUUGUAUCGAGCUUUGGGGGUUCGUGUGAUGCUGGUUGGACUGGAAAUCUGGUCCCAUAAAGACCAGAUUGAUGUCAAAGCCGACCCUGACCUCACCCUCCUUCACUUCCUCGAGUGGCGGAAGCAGCGCCUGCUGCCGAGGUUCAAACACGACAACGCUCAGUUCAUCACAGGUGUGGAUUUUACCGGCUCCACCGUCGGAUUGGCGAACACCAACGCGAUGUGCACCUCUAACUCCGGAGCGAUCAACGAGGACCAUAACACCAACUCAAUAGGAGUAGCCUCCACCAUCGCUCAUGAGAUGGGUCACAACCUGGGUUUGACCCAUGAUACUGAAGACUGCUUCUGUGGCUCCUUUCCAUCCAAAGAAAGCUGCAUCAUGGCUGAGAGUGUUGGAUUGGUUUAUCCCACACGGUUCAGCAGCUGCAGCCGGCAGCAGCUCAGCUCGUUCUUAGAGGAGAUCAACCCCACCUGUCUGCUGGACUCUCCGUCCACCGAGCGCAUCUACGGGGGCCCCGUGUGUGGAAACGCCUUCUUAGAGCCUGGAGAGGAGUGUGACUGUGGCACUGCGGAGGAGUGCAAGAAUCCCUGCUGCAACGCCACAACCUGCCAGCUGAAAGCAGGAGCUGAGUGUGCAGAAGGAGAGUGCUGCCACAACUGCCAACUGAAACCAACAGGCAGCAUGUGCCGUCCAAAAGCCGGAGACUGCGACCUGACAGAGUUCUGCACCGGCCUCUCUGCAGUCUGUCCUCCUGACGCCUUCGCCCAGAACGGUCUGCCGUGCAACCGUGGAAACGGAUACUGCUACAACGGGCGAUGUCCUUCACGGCAGGAGCACUGCAAGAGGCUCUGGGGACCAGAUGCUGAAGUGGCUCCAGAUGCUUGCUUCUAUCUGUAUGGAGGCUGCAGAAGGACUCAUAUGAGCCAAGGAUGCUCCAGCUGGGAUGAGUACUGCGGAUCACUUUUCUGCUCUGGAGGAAGGGAGUUUCCAGUCACGUCUAAGAAGUCCUUUUAUAAACUAGGAAGUGGAGUCGUUUGCAACACUGCAACCAUGAGCCCUGAGGACAACUUCCCGUCAGAUCUGGGCAUGGUUCCUACUGGCACCAAGUGUGGCAACAACAUGGUCUGUUACAGUCAAAGGUGUGAAAACAUCAGAAGCAUAAAAGCGUUUGGAAGAAGCGACUGCUCCUCCAAAUGUAACAACCACGGGGUUUGCAACCAUGAGAGUAGCUGCCACUGCGAUCCAGGCUGGGCCCCCCCUUUCUGUGACAUGAAGCAGUCGGAGCUGACUGAAGAAACAGGACUUGUGGUUUUUGUUGUGUCUCUGGUGGUCGGACUGCUGAUCCUGCUGGUUCUGCUCAUUGGGAGUCUGAUGUGCUGCAUCAGAAAAGGACCUCCUACUAAAAGGUUCCUUUCAGCGACCUCAGGACAGUCAAACCCGGCGUUUCAGUCGAGCACUCGGCGAGACAGUCCCGGUCUCAGGUCGGCAGACAUCAGCCAGCCAACAUUUUUAGAGUCAUCUGCUCGUCAAGCCUGUAAACCUCUGAGCUGUUCUACCGUCAGACCAAAGAACGGAGAUCUGAGGCCCUGCAGAGCAGCUCCAGAGCCUCCAGAGAAAGCUUCAGAUGCAUCUCGGCCACCAAAGAUUCAUCAGGUCACAAGGACACUAAUGCAGCCACCAGCUGUUUAUAACAAGAAUAAGCCCCUCCCCCCCAGCAGACCGCUGCCACCGCUAGUGUCCAAACCAAAGCUGAAACCUUCGGUUCCUCCAAACAAGCCGAAGCCGUCUGCAGUCCCGCCUGCACCGCCACACACUCAGCUGCUUGGAGGGAGAGUCGUCCUGCUGCCCUCCAGCAGGCCAAGAUGACAGUAGCAAAGACUCACCAUGAUGCAAACUCAGAUCCUCUAACAGAGAACGUUGUUUCUGCUGCACGUUGAAGAAUCAACACGAUCCUCUCACGAGACGUUGGUCUGUUUUUAAGAGCGCACCAAGGGAUCAGUAAAACGUUUUCCAUCCAUAAUUUUCUCUCUGUGUUACGACUGCUUCCUGUUUGUCAGCCUUCAGGAAAACAAAUAGAUCUGCUUCUACUUUGAGAUUAGAUUUGUUUUUAAAUUAAAUGUUUUAUUGUCUUGUUUCAUGUCCUUGUUUACAUGAAUGCACUCAUCCAGGUACAACUUCCUGCUUUAGAGAACUUGAAUAUUCUAGUUGAAGUACUGAAAAUCUGAGUACUGUAAACAAUCUGUCCAGGUAUAUGAAUGUGUUUGGUUUGUGAAAGAUCAUAGCAGCAAAGUUUAUUCAACAUUUAUUUAUAGUUGUAAACAAAUGAUCAGAAACAUGAGUAUUAGGAUUAUUGUGUAGUCAGGGAAUGUACUAUAAUCAGGGUUGAUGUUCAUGAUCAAAAUCUAAAGAAAACUGGUAUGAUGACAAGAAUGAAAGGACUGUUGUUGCUAUCAUGAUAUUAUCUGUUAGCUUCUCUCAGUCUGUGGUACUGCAUUUAAAAAAAUAAUAGAAACUGGUCAAUUAUUAAAAUUGAUCUGUGGGAAAGAAUUUUUUUUGUCUUAUAAAGAUCUUCAGCUGUGCAACUGAAGAACCGAGGAACUCUCAGUAAUUCAUUUUUAGAUUGUAUUUACUAGAUUUUUUUGGAACUUGUUUUCCUCAAUUGUUUUCUGUCAUUUUAUUACUCUGUUGGGUCACUUUUAUAUAUCAAAUUAGUCUUUUUUGUCUUGUGUCAAAUUUUUCUCUCUGUUCUUAGGUAUUUUUUCAUCUUCAGAGACUCUUUUUACACAUUUUUCAUCAUAAGACUGUUUUAUAUGUUUAACAGGUGGCUUUGUGGCCUGUUAAUGGUUGUUUUACACACUAGUAUUAUUUGUUUCUUGAUGUGUUGCAUUAUUUUGUUUUAUUAAUGAUUCUUAUCAUCUUUAAAAAAGUCAUCUUUAUAUAUUUUUUUCUUUCUGGCAGAAUUACUCCCACCGAGAAGUGGGCUCAAUCACUAUUAAAUCAUCUUCGCAGCUUUAACAUUGGUACUUUGUACAUUUUUUAAUGAUUUUUUAUUAUUUUGUUGUUACAGGUACUGCUUGAUACAUAUUAAUUUAAAUUUACAUAUUUUAAUACUUCUUUAGAAAUAAUUAAAUAAUUAGUAAUCAUGUAUCAAGCAGGUAUUUUUUAUUGUUCUGUUUCACUUUUCAAUCAGCUGUUUUUUGUUUUCUAAUUUGUUAGAAAUAAACAGAUUCGUCACAA